AAGACGCAACGUUACGGAGGGAGGGAGCAGACUGCGCGGCGGGGACGACCGCCGGCGGUGGGGCGGAGAGAGAGAGAGAGAGAGGCGCCAUUUCCUCCUGGUUUCGUUGUGUGAGUUGGGGAUGGUUCUGACCUCUCUGUUUGCUCAUUUCUAUUCCAUUGAUUUCUGUGCUCGAUUUGGCCGACCUUGUUGCUCCCCCCGCUCCCUCUUUCUGCUUUUUUAGUCUUCGCGUACAGAAUUUAGCUUCGAAUUUAGCCGACAUAACUACUCCCCAAGCCAAAUUUUAAUAGACACGUCCACUAAAAUGCCUUGAUUUUUCCUUUUCUGGGAGAACCGUCCUAUAUAUUUUAGUAUUUCAUCACUAUGCACUUCCAACAAUAGACUCGAGACGAGUAUCUCAUCUUCGUAUGCUUUUGAUGAGCUGUUGCCAUCUGCAUCCUACUCAGCCUAACUGAUAUGUGCAAACAGAUCAAUAUUGUGCUGUUAAUGGCCACGAACGCAAGGUUGUUUGUUUGAUAUAGUUUUCAACAAUCUUCUAUGUUCAUGGCUGUGGAUUAAAAUGACUAUAUAACUGCAUGAGCACACUUGGAUGCGUAUUAUCUGUUUUCCAAGCAUAUGAAAUAUGGCUAUUUCUAAUUUACUAUGACUGUGGCUCAUAGGCGAUAGUUGUCAAUUCAAUAGGCUGGCUAUCGCGGUGAAUGUGAUUUUAGUCGAUCCUCGAAUCCUCGAUGGAAGUUGGUUCAAACCUGAAACCUACUGCAUAUGUCUUAAAUGCAAUUUCACGGUCAAGCAAAUGGCAGGAGCUAAGCCGGGCCUCAGUGUAGUUGUUUUGUAUGAAAUUGGUCCAUUUCAAUUUUUAACCAACCUCAGGUGCAACUGAACCAUUUUUUUUACGGAAGCCCUGCAGUUGAUCCACCUGCAGGAACAUACUGCUAAAAUCUUGAUUUUUCUUUUCCAAAAGAGGAAGGAUUUUCUCAAUAGACUUCUCAAGUUUAAUAAACAAGCGGCACUCAGUGACAUGGUAAAAGAGUUCCAGUUUUCGCAAAUCAACCAGUUAGAACACAAAGAAAAUGUUGCAUCUGGAUAUUUGAGAACUUAAAUAGGAAAACAGUCCUGCAACUAUAUGUGCGGUAAUUUGUUCUUUAGACCUGCCAGUCUUGAUACUGAUAAAAAAUGCAAUCAUCAGAAAGAUGUCUCAUCAGCCACGAAACAUGUUCAGCAACGGCACUUGGUUUACAAAUUUCUAUUUGUUCAGUUGAGUUAUGCAUUUGUUCGGUAUCUUUCCUUAUGCACCCAGCGGAUAUGUUCUGAUGUAUUUUGGUUGCAACUUAUGUUUGUAGUGAAAUAUUGCAACUAUUGUGUAUUUAAAAUUUCCUAGAAAGCUCUACUGAAUUUCAGUUUAUGUAUUUAUGAAUCGUCAUACAUGAGUAGUUGGCAUAUUUCUUACUGUGGUUGGAAACCUAUAGGUCCAUUUGAUACUUAAUUCGAUAACACAUGUUUGUUAGAACUUCUGAAGUUUGACCAGUGACUCACUGACUGAUACAGAGGCUUCUGUCCAGUAUGACCCAUUCACCCUUUUGGUCACAUUGGUUACAUUUACAUCUGUCAUAUAUGUGCCCUUUGUUGAUUAACAUGUCUUCCAAUUGCAGCACAUUUUACCAGGGGGCUAUUCAGCUUUUCCAGACGUGGUUGAUCCUACUGUUCUGAUCUAGAGUCAUUCAUGGUUGGAAGGAUGUAAUUUCUUAUUGUGCAUGUCCAAGAUUCAAGGUUAUGCAUUGUUUGGACCAUCUGUUGUGAGAAUGGCCUGGUUGCAAGACCGAUUCCAAAUGCAUAAGCUCCACUGGAACAGCAGAUCCCCUAUUCCAUCAGAGUUCUGGAUAGCAGUUACAGCUUACUUCACGGUUGGUUUAGUUGGUCUUUGGACAUUUUGGUACUUCUUUUCACUGUGGCGGCGCAAAAUCAGUUUAAGCUGGAUGAAAAUAAUUGCCAGAUCAAAGAGAAAGAAUUUUGAAAGAAACCACAAGGUUCCUACUUCUGAACAUGUUUGGAAUACAGAAUCUUUGAUUCGUGCAAAAGGGCUGAAGUGCUGUGUAUGCUUGGAAUCUAUUUCACCAGCUCAGCCCCUUGGGCAAAUGAUGACUUCGGAAAAUAUGGUUCACCGUUGUGAUGUUUGUGGUGUAGCUGCACACAUAAUAUGCUCUCCAAAUUCUCAGAAAGACUGCAAAUGUGUCUCAAUGUUUGGGUCCAAACAUGUGAUCCAUCAAUGGACUGUACUCUGGACAGAUGUAGCUGAUCAAUCCGAAGAAGGCCAGUAUUGUUGUUACUGUGAGGAGCUAUGCAGUGAAUCUUUUCUUGGAGGUCCUCCCAUAUAUUGCUGCAUGUGGUGCCAACGAUCGGUCCAUAUUGAUUGCCAGUCAGCCAUGGCUGCUGAAACAGGUGACAUUUGUGACCUCGGUCCAUACAAACGCCUUAUUCUUUCACCACUUUUUGUCCGUACCAUUAGCAAACCUGGUGGCAUCUUAAGUUCUAUAACUCAGGGAGCAAAUGAGUUUGCAUCCACUGUGCGGGUACAUCUUGGGAGUCGAGGUAAAAAGGUGAAGCAUCACAAGAGAUUGCCAUCUGACUCCGUACAAGGCGACAGUAACGAUGACUCAUCAAGUGACACCACACUGAACUCUAACCAGAGGGCUAAGGAAUCAAAAGCAACUGGGGGAAGUGUUCAAAGGAGUGCUGAGAAUGAGCAUUACAGCAGUGAGCAUUACAGCAGUGAGAGUGAUGGUAGGGAACUCAUAUCAGAGCCCAUAAGACUCAAUGAUGAGACUGGUGGAGUUAAACUUAAGUACGCAUUGUCUGACUUGCCUGCUGAUGCCAGGCCUCUUUUAGUUUUUAUCAACAAGAGAAGUGGGGCUCAGCGUGGAGAUUCGCUCAAGCACAAGCUACAUUUCCUUUUGAAUCCAGUGCAGGUUUUUGAAUUGAGUUCUUCACAAGGGCCAGAAACAGGAUUAAUUUUGUUCAGAAAGGUACCACAUUUCAGAAUACUUGUGUGUGGUGGCGAUGGUACUGUUGGUUGGGUUCUUGACGCGAUAGAUAAGCAAAAUUAUGAAUCACCUCCACCUGUUGCAAUUCUUCCAGCUGGCACUGGCAAUGAUCUUUCAAGAGUUUUAUCAUGGGGAGGUGGCCUAGGUGCUGUUGAGAAGCAAGGUGGUCUCCGCACAGUCUUACAUGACAUAGAGCAUGCAGCAGUCACUAUCCUGGAUAGAUGGAAGGUGACAUUUGAAGAUAAGAAAUCAAAUAAUGUACUUCUAGUGAAGUACAUGAACAACUAUCUUGGUAUUGGUUGUGACGCUAAGGUUGCACUUGACAUUCAUAAUCUCCGUGAAGAGAAUCCUGAAAAGUUUUACAGUCAGUUCUUAAAUAAGGUGCUAUAUGCGAGGGAAGGCGCCAAGAGCAUCAUCGAUAAGGCAUUUGUGGACUUACCAUGGCAAGUUCGAUUAGAAGUUGAUGGCACCGAGAUUGAUAUACCAGAGGACUCAGAAGGCGUGCUUGUCACAAACAUCCCAAGCUACAUGGGAGGUGUUGACCUGUGGCAAAAUGAGGAUGAGGAGCCUGAAAACUUUGAUCCGCAGUCAAUCCAUGACAAGAUGCUCGAAGUGGUUAGCAUUACCGGAACUUGGCAUCUGGGAACACUCCAGGUUGGACUUUCUCGGGCACGGAGGAUCGCGCAAGGCCAGUCGAUCAAGAUGCAGAUGUUUGCUCCCUUCCCUGUUCAAGUGGAUGGUGAACCCUGGGUCCAGCAGCCCUGCACGCUCAAGAUAUCCCAUCACGGACAGGCUUUCAUGUUGAGGGCGGCGAUCGAAGAGCCUCUUGGUCACGCUGCUGCGAUCAUCACGGACGUGCUUGAGCAUGCUGAAUCCAGCCACGUAAUCAAUGCUUCCCAGAAGAGAGCCCUCCUCCAAGAAAUGGCUCUAAGGCUGGCAUGAAUCGCAGCUCAUCCGGAUGUUGCAAAUGCAUUGCCUCCUGCGCAGUGCUCUGCCUUCGCUACAGAGUGGUUUCUCUCGCAGCACGAAGUACUAUCCGGAUCUACCCGGGGGAUACAAUACAAGUGAGUUUUGGUUAGGUUUUCCUUGUGGGAAAUAUACCAUGUAAUGCUGCGUGCAUGUGUGUUACGUGUGCUGUAUAGCAUGCAUCUGUUGCAUGCUCCACUUUGUGCAGUGGAAUCCCCCGUCUGGCCAUUUUGUGAUCCGUUGGCCAGUAUGGACUUUAAUUUUUGCCGCUCUAGCCGCUGUUUUCAGUUCGGCUGGUGUCUCGCUUGUAAAUAAAAUGGGAUUUCUGAAAUACUUGUAUGUAAUAAUGUUGCACGCACGUCAAAUUAUUUUCUUCUCAUGUUUGAAUA